GGACGUGGCUAUAGAACCUUUCUCUCUCUCUUUUUUUUUUGGAUCUCUUCGCCAACUUCGCUGCUCUGGCUUAUUUUUUUUUUAUCUUUUAAAUUUUAUUUGUUUGAUUAAGGAUCCUGUGGAUCGCGGGCGGUUGGAAGCGACUGAAGGGGGCGCCAUGGCUUAUCCCCCUGGAUAUGGGGGUCCAGGCUCCAAACAUAGGACCCGGAUCCCCCCUGUACCACAAUCUCCAGAUGCCCCCCAACUUUUCGAUGAUACCAGCUCGGGCUACGGGCCGCCCCAGGCGGGAUAUCCUCCACCUGGGAUCGAUAUGAGCUUCAACCAGAUAUUUGCUGACCCGGUUGCUAACGUUGCCAUGGCUUAUGGCUCGUCCAUUGCAUCCCAAGGGAAAGACAUCGUCCAUAAAGAGAUUCACAGAUUUGUUUCUAUCAACAAGCUUAAAUACUUCUUUGCGGUGGACACCACCUAUGUGAUGAAGAAAUUAGGUCUAUUAAUCUUCCCUUACGUGCACCAGAAUUGGGAAGUUCGUUAUCAUCGCGAUAUUCCUCUGACUCCCCGCCAGGACAUCAACGCUCCCGAUCUUUAUAUUCCGAGUAUGGCUUUUAUUACGUAUAUUUUGCUGGCUGGAAUGGCCCUCGGGAUACAGAAGCGGUUUUCCCCGGAGGUUCUCGGGAUGUGCGCCAGCACGGCCUUUGUGUGGAUGGUGAUUGAAGUUCUUGCCCUUCUUCUGAGUCUCUACCUUGCUACGGUCCAAAGUGAUCUGGGCACGUUUGACCUUCUGGCUUACUGCGGCUACAAAUACGUUGGGAUGAUCCUCACUGUGGUCGGUGGCUUAGUUUUUGGCCUCAACGGCUACUACAUCACUCUGGCGUGGGCUUCCUGUUCUCUUAUGUAUUUCAUGGUUCGUUCUUUACGUAUGAAGAUCCUCACUUCCGUGGUGCAAGACGGACUGAGCCGGACCACUGGCCGGGCGCAGAUGUACGUCACGUUAGGCGCCGCUGCCUUCCAGCCGUUAGUUUUGUACUGGUUGACGGCCCAGUUGGUGCAUUAAACGGAGGCGAUGAGACUUUGGGGGCGCGGUUCCUCCUUUUUUCUGUUGUGGUUCACCCCCCUCCUCCCCCCCCAAAUUUCACCACUCCCCUAGUUCUGUCUCUUCCUGUCCCCCAGCCCCUCCCCCAAAAUUCCAACUUUCCCCGGCGAGGACAAGUGGCGGAUCCAACCCCUUGGAAGAAUGAAGCGAAAGGCAGCGGGUCAUUCGCACUCGGGACUCGCCCAGGAGCAGCGGAGGCUGGCCAGCUGUCUUAAGUUGACGCUUGUCCACAAUUCCGAAAUCUGUGUGUCGUCCCUCCCCUCCCUUUUUUUUUUUUAAAAAAAAAAGUGGGGGUAAAUUUGGGGGUCUUACUUGUAGAGUCAGUUCUGCUAUUCGGGAUUUACUUGAGUUGGUUGAGUUUUGAUCCUUUUUUGGUUGCUCGAAGAUGGGUGGACUUCAACUCCCAGCAUUCCAUGCUGACUGGGAGGACUUCUGGGAGUUGUAGUCCACCCAUCGUCGAAGCGGCUUAAGGCUGAGAAGUACCAAUCUAGAACGAACCCAAUAUUUUCCAAUAUUGCAAUAUUCAAUAUUCUUAGUUGCUUGAAGAUGGGUGGACUUCAACUCCCAGCAUUCCAUGCUGACUGGGAGGAAUUCUGGGAGUUGAAGUCCACCCAUCUUCAAAGCAUCUAAAGUUGAGAAGCACCAAUCUAGAACAAAUCCAAUAUUUUCCAAUAUUGCAAUAUUCAAUAUUCUUUAGUUGCUUGUAGAUGGGUGGACUUCAACUCCCAGGAUUCCCCAGCCAGCGUGCUUGAAAAAUAGUUGGACUUCGAGUCCCAGCAUUCCAUGCUGGCUGAGGAAUUCUGGGAGUUGUAGUCCACCCAUCUUCCAAGCGUCUAAAGUGGAGAAGCACUGAAAUCCAGUUUGGCUCGAAGCUGCCAGGAAGCGACAAAAGAUGGAAAGAUAAGAGAGGAAAAGAAUUAUUUUAAAAUUUGAAGUGUUAAAAAGAGUUUUGAGUGGGGUGAGGAGGGAGAAAAGAAUCCGUUUUUUGGUUCGGUUGUUUUUUUUUUUCUUUCUACGAUCGCUUCCUUGAGAGAUUUUGGGUUUUCUUGCAAGCAUGAUAAAAGUUUAUAAAACUCUGCGAUGGGCGGAACGAAAUUCGUGAAGGUGUGUUCUGUAUGUGUUUUGUUUUUACGACGUUUUCUCUGCAACGGCUGAAUUUUUCCCCAGCAGCGUUCCCAAACAGGAUUCCUGUUUUCCCCAUGGUUGAUCACCCGGGAAGGGAUCUGAGUUCAGGUAGUCCUCGAUUUACGGCCACCGUUGAACCCCAAAAUUCCCGUCCUUAAGCGAGAUGUGUGUUAAGUGAGUUUUGUCCCAUUUUACGAAGCUUUCUGGCCACGGUUGUUAAGAGAAACGGUUUAAGUUAAUCACACGGUUGUUAAAGUGAAUCCGGCUUGCCCAUUGACUCUGCUCGUCACAAAAGGGGAUCGCGUGACUCUCCCCUUUAUUUAGGACCGUUGUGAUCAUCCCAGGAAGCAAAAUCGGUGGGCGAAGGGAAUGGCCGCGUGAUUCGCUUAACGGCCGCGUGAUUCGCUUAACCACCUCAGCGAAAAGUGGUGAAAUCCGGCACGAUUCAUUGAACGACUGCGUUGCCUGGCAACAAAAAAGUCCCGCUCCCAACUGCGGUCGUUCAAGUCGAGGACUUCCUGUAAUCCUUCGAAGGUUUGAGGAAUACACCUCUCCCCACAUCCCCUGGCGCCAGGAUGAUGGGAGCCCUAGUCCAGUGAUGGCUAACCUUUUUGCCGUCACGUGCCAAAAGCGGGGCGACCACCGGGAGGGGUGUGUGUGUCGUGCACGUGUGUGCCCACACCCAUAAUUCAAUGCGCCCUGUGCUCCCCUGCUUUUGGCACACGAUGGCAUGGUGGGGCCGGGAAGGCCUGUUUUUCGCCCUCCUCAGGCUCCAGAGCCUUUCUAGGAGCUUGGGGAGGACGAAAAUGGCCUUUCCCACCCUCCCGGAGACUGGAAAUGGCUGUUUCCCAACUUCUGGUGGGCCCAGAAGGCCCCAAAAUCUGCUGGCUGGCACGCACACUACAGCUGAGCUAGGGCGAUGCUCACGUGCCCACAGAUACGUUGGCACACGUGCUAUAGGUUCGCCAUCCCAGCCGUAGUCCCAAAGCAGCUGCAGGACACUGGAUAGGCACUUACCAGAAAUAGAACAGACAUCCAGCGUGAGCAGGGGGUUGGGCUAGAAGACCUCCAAGGGCCCCUUCCAACUCUGUUAUUCUAACCUUCUAAUCUUACUCCUGCAGGGGGUUGGGCUGGAUGACCUCCAAGGUCCUUUCCAACUCUUGUUACUAGGACAGGCUGAGAUUAUUGUUGGCAGCAGAGGGCAGCAGUCCUUACAAUUUAAAAAAUAAUAAUAAUUAAAAUAAACCAGGUUGAAUUGCAGAUUUGAGCCUUCACGGUACGUUGCUAAAGGGAUGAAGCCUCUUCUUCGGGGACGUUGAAUUGCGAUAACAUUUCCACAGAAAAUGGAAAUU